UGAAAUGAAUUAGUUUAUAGUUAGUGACAGAGGCUCAAAGUCCAUCCCGAGCGGUCAGUGCCUCAGAGCAGAGUAUACACUAUCAAACUCAAGAGGCACAAGCAGAAUUUCCCCUCGUGAUACAGAACAGAACAUUGGUAUGGUUUAAGGUCUGAGAGAAAUGACCCGUGGGUAAUAGUGGGGUUCUAACCAGCUGUGAUCACCAUGGUGGCUUAGGAAGACGAGAAGACAGUAAACAUGGCAACAGGAAACACCGGCAACGAGCUUCGUGACAGGCGUCUAGUGGCCUGGGGUCCACAUUGACCACACUCUGCUGGAGCCCUUGUACAGUUCAUCCAAAACCAGGAGGAUGCUCAUCUCCAGAUGUGCUAUGUGGCUAAAGCUCCAUGAACCCCCCACUCUGAGGGCUUACGUAUUUAAGGUAUGGAAAGGCCUGAUCCCGCUCCUGUCCUGCGGCGCUGCCCUCGUGGUGGUGGUGGUGUACUCACUGGCAGAUCAGCUGCACAGCUUUGUGUGUGGAAUCUUCAUGCCUCAGUACCACUAUCCAUUUGCUGUACCUCUCGCCCUCAUCCAGACCCUCCUGAAUCUCCUGGCGCUGCAGGGCCUGAGUGCCACAGGCUUGGUCAGGCUGAAGCCGUUCUCCUUCAGGCUGGCCGAACACCUGAUGGUGCCAGCCGUGUGCGGCAGUGUCCAAUCUGUCCUGGCCUUAUGGGCUGAGGCCAGCGCCCACUCCGGUCUGUACCCCCUCACUGCCCGCUUCCUGCCCCUCCUCAGCCUCACCUGGAGCCACAUGUUGGCGUUGUCUAAGCCCAGCCACGCCCACUUCACCUGCCUGCUAAUGGGAGUCACUUUCAUCUCAGUCAGCCUCACAGUGUGUGAAGGCCUGUACACCAUCGAACCGCUGGAGUAUAUCUAUUCUCCUCUCAGCCUCCUCCUGCACAGCCUCUCCCUCGCCUGGCUUGCCAAGGUGGCUCAGGCAGAGCGAGCCCACACAUCCAUCUUCGACCUUUACUACACCCUGGCCGUGUCCCGCUGCGUGUUGCUGGGGCUCCUGUGCCUGCUGCACCCAGACUGUCCCCGGGCCUUCACGUACGGAAGCUGGCACAGUCUGCUCUUCCUGGGCUACAUGCUGGGCAUGCUGCUGCUGGGUGCUGCUCAGGUCCUCCUCGUGGACUUCACGGCCCUGCGGCUCUCCGCUCUGUCGGCGGCUCUGCUGCACUCAGCAAGGGGAAUCGUCCUGCCACUCUUCAACCUGUUCUAACAGAUGCUGGACACCACGUGGGUCUGAUCACAGACCAGCACGAAUCGGACAGUUUGGCCUGUAAUCAGAUUUGCACGGUGUACAAAACAAAAUUAGCUUCUUUAGCUUUGAACUGGAGCUACAAGACAAAUGUAGCUAGCAGGUAAUGACAGCUAUUGUAAGCAAAAUCAUUAACCAUAUAUAUGUAUAUAUUACAUAUAUGGUGUCAAUCGAUUAAAAAAUUUAAUUAGAUUAAUCACAACAAUAUUCUGUGAUUAACUGCGAUGAAUCGCACUUGUUCUUCUUGAGACGCAAGUUUAUAGAGCGGAUAUUUAAAUGUAAAUAAAAAAAUGAAUGUAAAAAAUGUAAAAUCCAAUAAUAUUUAUAUUAGGAGUGGCUGGAAUAAAUUAUCCAUGACAAAUUGGAUAGAGGAUUUCUUUUUACUUUACUGUAAACAUCUCAGCUUUAAUUUACUUAAAGCGUAAAUCUCAGCUUUAAUUUACUUAAAGCGUUUUCUCCCUCUGUUUGGUUUGGUUUCACACAGGCAUAAAUCUAAACGCACCAAAAUGUGCACCAAUAAACCACGCAAGUACAUUGCCUCCUCUGAUUGGUCAGAGCUGUCUGGCGUGGAAGCUAGAAAGUAAAUAUAGCGAGAAGAAUCUGUGUUCCAGUGCAUAUGUCUGUGCAGUAUGAAACUGCUUUAACACAGAACACUGAAAAGUUGCUUUCAAACACAUUUUUUUCAAUGGGAUGUGCAGCGUAGAUGUGAGCAGUGAACGCAGCACAUUACUGUGUGUGUAAACAGCAGGGAGCAGCAGAGACAGCGUUUGUUCAUAGCAGUAUUGUAUCUGGCUAAUAUAUCAGAUUAAACUGCACCUUAUUAGCAGUUUAGCUCAGUUAAAAAGAAGUAUAUUUGAUAGCUGGGUCAACAGAGACCAUAUCACGUUCUCACCACAAGCGAACCGCUCCAGAUUUGCGAUUAGAGCAGGAAGUUUGGUUCAAACUUCCAUUUUUCAUUUCAAAUAAAAAUGAUCAUCCAGGUAACUUGACAGAACGUUUUAAGAAUGUCAAUUUUAUUGUUUAGAAAACAUUUUACUAACCACUAAAUUGUUUCAUGGAAAUGUACUAACCUGUUACAUACAAAUGAUGAAGCCUUGCUAUGCCAACAUACGCCAUUGUUGCCAUGUCAUACUAGCUAAGGUGAUUUAGCUGGUUAAAUUCCUAUUAUUGUGCAUCAUAUUGACAGCAAUUUGUGAUUCAUAUUUUCACUCCUUUACUUACUGAAUAUGUCAUAUUGUAUAUGUAAUAGUGCAUUCCAUGUGACUGAAUGCACAAAUUCAAAGUUUGUGUCACAUUUACAUUGUAUUGGGUUACUCAAGAUAGAAGCCAAAUGUUCAGACAAUAACACACAGUUACUGAUGGGUAAUUUACUGUCAACUUCCUCUGCAGUGAUAAUCCAGAUUCACAACUAUCUGCGUAGUUUCAGCUUCUUACUGAAGUGAAUACUUCCUCUACCCAUUGUUUAAAAUCUUACUUAAAAAGUCCAAUAGAGUCCACUUUAGACGAAACAAUUGAUAGAAAUUCUCUUCUAGGUCCUAAUGCACAGCUACAGUUUUCCAGACAUGAGUAGCCCCCCUGCUCAAUUUCACAUUGCAUUGGGGGAUAGCAGUGUUCGUUGUAACCACACUUAAAAACAACCAGUUCUGAGUAUGUAUUGUGGAUAUACAGCUCUGGAAAAAAUAAGAGCUCACUUAAAACGUAUGAGUUUUUUUUAUUUUACCAAAUCAAAAACCUAUGGAAUAUAAUGAAGGAAAAUGGAUGAUCACAACCCAUCAAACCAAGCUUACCUACCUAAAUGUAUCAGUUUGGUUGCAUCUUUCUUUAAACUCACAGACAUGUUUCUGUAGACUUGUACAUCAACAUUAAUGAGCCUGUUCCAGAAGAAGCCAUGCAAGCCCAAACCAUGAGACUACCUCCACUGUUUUACAGAGCUGGUAUGUUUAGGAUUUUUAGCAGAUUUUAGCAGUUUCUUUCUCUUUAGCCUUUUAUUGCAUUGGUUAAUCUUUGUCUAUUGAGUCCAUACUCAGUCUAUUGUCUUGUCUCUGUACUUCCUAGAACAUUUCAAGCUGUCCUUUCUAUUCUUCUUGCUAUUUAGUGAUGCAUUCACUCCUGGCCUCUGGAGGUUGUUGCUAAUGCCACUAACAGUUGUUUUAGGGUUUUUCUUUACAGCACUCACAAAGUAUCGGUCACCAACUGCUGUGGUAUUCCUUGGUGUACCUGUUCGACAUCUGUUACUUAAUACACCCGUGACGACUUUCUUCUUCAGGACAUUUUAAACAUCUGUACUGGAUAUGGCUCUAAUUGAUUUUCCAUCUUCUUUUAACUUCGCAUCUGCUUGUUUUUCACCCAUAGACUCUUUGGUUUUCAUGUUGUUUAAUCUAACUUUAAAUGAUAAAACCCAAACCUGAAACUGAGCAUUUAGACAAAACACUCCUUACUGUCACAUGUUUCAAUACUUUUACUCACAAGAUAAAUGGGUGAGUUCAGACAGCAAAUUCUAUAUCCUGAACUUUGUAUCAGAUGUAAAUACCUAAAAGUAAAAGCUGAAAUGUUGAUCGUUUGUCUUAUGUUUUAAUGUCAGUCUGCAGGAGAAAUAAAGGGAUUGGCCUCA